AUGUGUUCUCCAUUACGUGUUAGUAAAAUUCAAAUGUUUUAUUAUGUUUUAGUUAUGGAUACAAAUAUUUCAACGUCAACAAUGAAAAUCCAUAAUAAAUACUUUUGUAACAAAGAGUCACCUUAUUAUGAUCCAAAAAUUUGUAAGUUGCUGAGUAAAAAUGCUGAAAAAUAUGGAAUAAACAUUUCUCGGAGAGCAUUAACUAUUCUUCCAAGAGAUUUAUUCCAUGGCCUCGAAAAUCUUCAACUCCAGAAAUUAGAUAUUGGCGAUAACAAUCUGACUACACUGCCAAAAGAUAUAUUUAAUCUUCUUGAUGAUCUUCGUACGUUACGAAUGAAUCGCAACGAACUAAAAUAUCUACAGUCAAGUACUUUCUAUGAAUUAUUACAACUUAAAGCACUUCAUCUCAGCAAAAACAAACUGAUAACUUUAUCAAAAGAUAUAUUUAAUGGUCUACAAGAUCUAUGCACGCUACGUUUAGAUUCAAACCGACUGACUAAACUUGAGCCAGGUAUUUUCGAUGAUUUAUUAAGCCUCAAAAAUCUUGAUAUCAGUAAUAACAAUCUUACAACUUUACCGAAAGAUAUAUUUAGGAAUUUAAAAGAGCUUCGUCAUCUUGAUUUGUAUUCAAAUAAACUGACCAAUCUCGAAUCGGGCUCGUUCAAUGGUUUAUCACAACUUAAGUUGCUUCAUAUAGACAAAAACAGUCUGACAACAUUGUCCAACGGUGUAUUUAGUGGUCUUGAAAAUCUAGAGACAUUAUAUUUAGAUUCAAACAAACUAAACAAUCUUGAAGCAGGUUGUUUUAAUGGUUUAUCACGACUUAUCGACCUUGAUAUAAGCAACAACAGACUGAUAAAUUUGUCUAGAGAUGUAUUCAAUGGUCUUGAAAGUCUUCAGGAACUAAAUUUACGUUCAAACACAUUGAGCGGUCUUGAGCCGGGUAUUUUCGAUGAUUUAUUAAAACUUCAGGAACUUGAUCUCAGCAAAAACAAACUGAUAACUUUAUCAAAAGAUAUAUUUAAUGGUCUACAAGAUCUACGUGUCCUACGCUUGAAUUCUAACCAACUGAGUUACCUUGAGCCAGGUAUUUUCGAUGAUUUAUUGAGCCUAGAUGAUCUUAAUAUCAGUGAUAAUGAUCUCACAACUCUAUCGAAAGAUACAUUUAGGAAUUUAAAAGAGCUUUAUUGUCUUAAUUUAAUCUCAAACGCACUGAAGAAUCUUUGUUUCAAUGGUUUAUCACAACUCCAUAAGCUUCAUAUAAACAGAAACAGCUUAGGAACAUUAUCCAAAGGUCUUUUUAAUGGUUUUGAAAGUCUUCAGAGACUCUAUUUGUCUUCAAUCAAACUACAAAAUUUUGAGUCAGGCUAUUUCAAUGGUUUAUCAUGA